UGUCAGCUUUAAGGUUAUGAGCAACGUGUCUUUCAAAACAUGGAUUUUUGGAGAGACACUCUCGGUGCCCCAACGAAAAUCGUAGCUCCCAUGGUGGACGCCAGCGAAUUACCCUGGCGACUUCUAAGUAGGAAAUACGGGGCUCAAUUGUGCUACACCCCCAUGUUGCACAGCGCUAUUUUCGCCAGAGAUGCCAAAUACCGCAAUGAGGCCCUCGCCUCGUGUGAAAACGACAAGCCUUUAAUCGUGCAGUUUUGUGGAAAUGACCCCAAAGUGAUGCUCGAAGCGGCUCUUCUAGCCCAGGACUAUUGUUGUGCCAUUGAUAUUAAUUUAGGAUGUCCACAAGCCAUAGCGAAAAGGGGCCACUACGGCGCAUUUUUACAAGACGAAUGGCCUCUUUUGCACGAAAUUGUAAGUUUGUUGAGUCAAAAACUCAAAGUACCAGUGACUUGCAAGGUUCGGAGAUUCGAAAGUGUGGAAAAAACGGUGGAUUAUGCGAAAAUGCUAGUAUCAGCAGGGUGUAAAAUGUUGACAGUGCAUGGUAGGACACGGGAGCAAAAAGGUCCCUUGACGGGGCUUGCAGACUGGAGUUAUGUUAAGGCAGUUAGGGAAGCUGUUGAUAUUCCUGUUAUCUCCAAUGGGAACAUCCAGUGUAUGGAAGAUGUAAAUAGAUGCCUUGAAGAAACGGGGGCUGUUGGAGUAAUGACAGCGGAGGGAAACUUGUAUAAUCCAGCAUUAUUUAUGCAUCAAAAUCCACCUGUAUGGGAGCCAGCUUUAGAAUAUUUGAACCUUGUAGACAAAUACCCUUGCCCAAUGUCCUACAUUAGGGGACAUUUAUUUAAACUGUUCCAUCAUUUACUAUCAAUUCCUAAAAAUAACGACUUGAGGAUACAACUAGGAGCCGCAAACACAAUGGACGAAUUCAAAAGAAUCGUCAAUGUGAUUAAAGAAAUGUAUGACCCUUUCCAUCUGGGGGCCAAAUUGUGGCAAGACACCACUAAGCCUAACACUGAAAAUAUAACACUUCCACCGUGGUUGUGUCAACCCUAUGUUAGAGUUUGCCCCGAGGAGCAUCUGAAAAAAGUUGAAGAAAACUCAAAUAAACAAGAAACUAAACGACAGUAUGAAGAUAGCGAGGGGAAUCAAAUUAGUAGAAAAAAGAUGAAAAAACUGAGGCGUAUUAGUAGAAGGCCACACAAACCCGAUUCUGUUCCAUUAGAGCGGAAUUUAGUCAAAUGCGCUAAUUGCGUUAAUCCUCUGGGUUCAAAAUGUGUGUAUCAGUUAUGCAAGAAAUGUUGCAAGAACAAAUGUUAUUUAGAAAAUCUAGACUGUGCUGGGCACAGAAUUUUAGUAAAAACAAGGCGGGAAACAGCGAAAUUUUACGCACGGAAAAGCAACACAACUAUUGACGUUUUAACAUAAUAAAAAUAACAAAUUUAUUCUUUUAA